AUGGACAGUAUGAGCACAGCCAUCCUGCUCCUGCUCCUGGCUCUCAUCUGCCUCUUCCUGACCCACAGCUCAAGAGGCAAAGGGAAACUGCCCCCAGGACCCAGACCCCUCCCGCUCCUGGGAAACCUGCUGCAGCUUCGCUCCCAAGACUUGCUGACCUCCCUCACCAAGCUGAGCAAGAAGUAUGGCUCCGUAUACACAGUGUACCUGGGGCCCAGGCGGGUGGUAGUCCUCAGCGGGUACGAAGCUGUGAAGGAAGCCCUUGUGGAUCAAGGGGAGGAGUUCAGCGGCCGAGGCAAAUACCCUGUUUUUUUCAACUUCACUAAGGGCAAUGGCAUCGCCUUCUCCAAUGGCGAACGAUGGAAGGUCCUGAGAAGGUUCUCUGUCCAGAUUCUGCGGAACUUCGGGAUGGGGAAGAGGAGCAUUGAGGAGCGGAUCCUGGAGGAAGGCGGCUUUCUGCUGGAGGAACUGCGGAAAACUGAAGGUGAGCCCUUCAACCCCCUGUUUAUGCUGAGCCGCUCAGUGUCCAACAUUAUCUGUUCGGUGAUAUUCGGCAAACGUUUCGACUACGACGAUGAGCGUCUGCUCACCAUCAUCCACGUCAUCAACGACAACUUUCAAAUCAUGAGCAGCCCCUGGGGCGAGCUGUACAACCUCUUCCCGAGCCUCCUGGACUGGGUGCCUGGGCCGCACCAACGCAUCUUCCAGAACUUCGGAAACCUGAGAGAUCUCAUCUCCUGCAGCGUCCGCGAACACCAGGCCACCCUAGACCCCAACUCUCCCCGGGACUUCAUAGAUUGCUUCCUCACCAAAAUAGCACAGGAGAAAGAGAACCCGCUGAGCCACUUCCAUAUGGACACCCUGUUGAUGACCACACAAAACCUGAUCUUCGGAGGCACAGAGACGGUGGGCACCACGCUGUGCCACGCCUUCCUCGCCCUCAUGAAAUACCCCAAAAUUCAAGCCCGUGUGCAGGAGGAGAUUGACCGCGUGGUGGGACGCUCCCGGCUGCCCACCCUGGAGGACCGCGCAGCCAUGCCGUACACAGAUGCGGUGAUACACGAGGUGCAGCGUUUCGCAGAUGUCAUCCCGAUGAACUUGCCGCACCGCGUCAUUCGGGACACGGCCUUCCGCGGCUUCCUGAUACCUGAGGGCACAGAUAUCAUCACCCUCCUUAACACGGUGCACUAUGACCCCAGCCAGUUCCUGAAACCCCAGGAAUUCAAUCCCGAGCAUUUCCUAGAUGCCAAUCAGUCUUUCAAGAAGAGCCCUGCCUUCAUGCCCUUUUCAGCUGGGCGCCGACUGUGUCUCAGAAUCGGAGAAUCGCUGGCACGCAUGGAGCUCUUCCUCUACCUCACCGCCAUCCUACAGAGCUUCUCGUUGCAGCCGCUGGGGGAACCCGAGGACAUCGACCUGACCCCAUUGGGGUCAGGUCUGGGUAAUUUGCCACGGCCUUUCCAGCUCCGCCUGCUGGAGCGCUGA